GAGAAGAAAUAUUAUUGAAAUUUCCAUGGAUCUCUACGAAGAUCUGCGGGUCUCGGAGGAAAUUACCCCCUCUAUUUUUAUCUUCAAUUGAAUAAUCUAAACUCUUCCUUUGUGGAUGAUUUUCCAUUAAACUUUGUUUUGUUCCAUUAACUUCGCUGUUGUGACAAGUCACCCCAUCUCCGUCGGAUCAAAUCUGACGAUCAAAUCUAAAGCUAUGGGUCGAGUUUUUGUUCUGUAUUCAAUUGAAAAUCAGAUUCGAAUCCCUUGAUCCGUGAAUUUCACUGGAAUUUAUGUAUUUGAACUCCAAUUUUUCUGCAAUUAUCUGACCCAAUUGUUUCCGGUUGUAAAUUUGGCUAAAAUACUGUGAUUCUGCGAUGGAGCUCCGCAAAAAUUGUUGCUUCUCCGUUUUGUCUCCCGAUUUCACGAUCACUUGCAUCAUCAUCACCUUCACGAUCGUUAUACUCCGUGUUUUAUACGUUAUAUAUCAGAGUGGGAAGUUGCUACACCGUAGCGCGGCGGAGCAGCCUCUGAGUACUCUAAUUGUUUUAGGUUCAGGAGGACACACCACCGAGAUGCUUAAUGUCCUGUCUGCGCUGGGAAACGACAGAUUCACACCAAGGGUUUAUAUUGCUGCUGCUACUGAUAAUAUGAGCCUCCUAAAAGCUCGCACCUUGGAGACUUCUAUAGCUGAAAGGAGUGGGGUCAGGGAGAUCUCUGCACGGUUCAUGCAGAUCUAUAGAAGUAGGGAAGUUGGGCAAUCAUAUUUAACCUCUGUGUGGACUACUUUACUUGCUACAGCUCAUGCAUUGUGGCUGAUGAUCAGAAUCAGACCCCAAGUGAUUCUUUGCAAUGGCCCUGGUACUUGUGUUCCUCUGUGUGUAAUUGCAUUCUUGUUUAAGGUGGUGGGAAUUAGAUGGUCAUCUAUCUUUUAUGUUGAAAGUAUAGUAAGAGUGAAAAGGCUCUCUUUAAGUGGUUUGCUGCUUUAUCAAUUAAGGAUUGCGGAUCAAUUCUAUGUGCAGUGGCCAAAAUUGCAAAGAAAAUACUGUCGAGCUCAUUCUGUUGGCUGUCUUAUGUGAUUGAUACUCUGCUGCUAAUGGGUACUCUCACUAAAACCUCUUAAUUAAGAUAUUUUGCAUUCUACAAUUUUGAAGUUCCAGUCAAUUAUCAGUGGUAUAGGAAAUUUUAUGUUUUAAAUUUUAGUUGAUCAAUCAGGAUCUAAGCUACACUAGGGAUGUAGGAUAUUUUUGGUUCUGUUUAGUAUGUUGGAUAAACAUAUUGCAACAUCUUUUGAUCCUGCUUUCAAUGAAAACAUUUAUGAUUAAAUGCUUAAUUUGCAC